CGCGACCGCACUUUUUUAGUGUCCAUGGCACCACCCCCAACUGUCACCACCGCCGCUCCCAACUCUCUCUUCUCUCUCCUCUCUAAUCGCCCGGGAUGUCAAACUCAGUCGAAGAAAAACAAGCACAAACCCCACCAAAACCUAACUCCGACCAUGAAGAGGAAGAGGACGAAGAUGAAGAGCAAGAAUUGCCAUCGAAUCCCCUAUCCCGAGAGGCACAACUACGCGCGCACAAGUCGAAGAUCGACUACCUCUUCCGUCGAAUGCAGACCGAGACGGUCCAUCUCCGAGUCCACGACGUGUUGAUCAAGGGUAACGCCAAGACCAAGGAGUGGCUCAUCGAGGCCGAGCUGGAGGACGUGAAGAGUGCCACCACGUUACAGGGGCUGCUCGAGGCGGCCGGGAUUGCUAAUGCGAGGCUUCAGCAGCUCGAUAUUUUCGAUUCCGUUAGAAUCACGCUCGAUUUGGGCCCGCCGGAGCUACCCGGGACUGCAAAUGUCAUAGUCGAGGUUGUGGAGACUAGCAGCCCUAUCACCGGGGAGUGCGGCGUGUACAUGAAUACCGCGGCUAGAUCUUCCAUCUUCGACGGUUCUCUCAAGUAUAAAAAUUGCUUCGGUUGUGGGGAUGUGUGGGAUGGGUCGGUGGGCUAUGCUCCCAACCAAACAUCAGAGGUUAGUGCUGGUGUGUUUUUGCCCAGAUUCAAAGGAUUGUUAACUCCUGUGCUGCUACGAGUAUCCCUGCUUUCCCAAGACUGGCAAGAGUUCUCUUCUUACAAAGAAGGAUUGCUGGGUCUUUCUCUUUGCUUGUUUUCCACCAGGCACCAUGACUUAGUAUAUAAUCUUGGAUGGCGUACCCUAAUGGAUCCAUCAAUAGUAUAUAAUCUUGGAUGGCGUACCCUAAUGGAUCCAUCAAUAAUGUCAUCCAGGUCAGUAAGGAGGCAGCUUGGACAUGGUUUGCUUUCAUCUUUGAAGUACACAUUUAAGAUUGACAGGAGGGAUUCACCUGCGAGGCCUAUCAAAGGAUAUGCUUUUGUUUCUAAUACUCAAGUAGGCGGCCUCUCACCAGAUCACAGAAGCUUGAGAUAUUUGCGCCAGGAGUUAGAUCUUCGGUAUGCAGUCCCUUUUGGCUUUUAUCAUGCCGCACUCAAUUUUGGGAUCUCCGGUGGUGUUAUAUUUCCAUGGGGCUGUGGAUUCUUGAACAAGCCCUCUCCCUUGCCUGAGAGAUUCUUCUUGGGGAUUGAUUUCUCUCCAAUUUGCACUUUGGGUGGCCCAACGACCAUUUGGGGAUUUAAGACAAGGGGACUGAGACCUACAGAGCCACUAAGACAAAUUAGAGAAAAAAGUAAUGAUGAGAAUUCUGGUUUUCCUGGAAGGGAUUUUCUUGGAGGAGACCUUGCUGUUACUGCUUUUGCAGACCUUUCUUUUGAUCUUCCAAUUAAGUUGUUAAGAGAACGUGGAGUCUAUGGACACAUUUUUGCUGGUGCUGGGAACCUCGCUAAACUAACAGAGAAUGAGUUCCGAAAUUUCUCUUUUCGCCAGUUCUUAGAGUCAUUCCGAAGCUCUGCAGGAGUUGGCAUUGUUGUUCCCACUAAACUUUUCCGCCUAGAGGGCAACUUCUACUACAUGCUCAAGCAAGAUGAUCAUGACCGCGGCAAGACUGGCUUUCGGUUUAACUUCUCUGCUCCAUCAUAGAGUCUGAAUUUUUUUCCCUGAUGAUUGAUAUUUGGAAGCGUUCAGGUACACGAGUAUUUAUAAAAAAAAUUAAACUGUUCUCAAAACUGUCAGUAUGGACAAGGGAAUGUUAUCUGCACUCUGAUAUUCAGACUGGAAGUUCAGUAAGCAUGAUGUUUACUGAAAUUGAGGGAAAUGUGUUUCAG